GUAGCCAUUCAGAAAGGGACAGGCUGAGCGGAAGGACAGGAAUGUCUAAAUGCGUUCGUGCGUGCAGCCGGCAACAGUUGAUCUUGCAAAGGUACAUAAAGGGCGCCGAAGUGAUCCUUGUCCUCAGUUGAAGUUUGCUCUCCAAGUGCUCCGUCGGGAUACGAACCUAUAGUGUUUUAAGACAACCAGAGUAGCAGCUCGCGAGCCCAAGGAUGAGAGCAGCAGCGUUAGUGUUGUGUGUGGUGGCCGUCGCAGCGCCUCUGGCCGACGCCACGUUCGGUCUCCUGAAGGCCGGUACAGCUGCGGCGGGCCUUCCUCUCGCCCUUCCUGCUGCCACUCUGGGAGGAGGCUUGGCUGCUGUUAAGGUCCUGAAGCUGAUCGGCCUGAAGAAGCUGAAGAAGAAGUUCGGAGGCCUGGGAGGAGGAUACGGCGGCGACGGCCUGGAUUUCGGAGACUCCUACGGGAAGCUGCCUCUGCCCAGCUUCGCCCCGACGCCCUUCCACGGGGGGCCGCCGCCCUUCUACAUCGUGCCCGGAUCUUACUUCGACGGCGGAAGGAAGAAACGCGACGCGCAGCAGGCUUCAAGCUUCGACGUCACGGAGGUAAAGCCGGCGACUCUGACUGUCCAGGAGGAGGACUACUUCUCCGUCGUCUUCGAGAUGGACCGCGACGGCUGCGUCCAGAAGCUCGUGUGCGGACUCUCAGGCAACGCCCCCGAACAGCUCUCCGAAGACGGGAAGGUUAUCAUGUCGCUUUUCAGAAGCGACUCCGCCCCGGCCUACACGACCCUGAGGAACCCCAAAGGCCCUUACGACUACGCAGCAUGGAUCGGCGGGAACUCUGAGAGCCCGGAGUUCACAUGCUCCCAGCUGUACGACCAGUGCAACACGUCGUCUCAGCAGCUCAUGGAACGCUUCGAAGCUAGUGAGUCUCUUGAGACCGCUGAAGCUCUUGAAGCCAGUAAUUAGGAGAGCCUCGUUGAAGCUCCUAAAGCUCCUGAAAUAUCUGAAGCCAGUGGAGUUGUAGAGGAAAUGAGGGAUACGUAGGAAUGAAGAUUUUAUUUGAUUUAUGUAUUAUAUGUUGAUGAUGAAUCUUGCUGUCGGAAUUUAGCUGUGUGGCCGUCGAAAUUUAGCUCUUUAGCUCUCUUGGCCAGCAUGGACAGCCCAGUAUUCGGUGCACCAUUCAUCAUAUGCCCGUAAUUGUUUAAGUGUAUCUAUCUCUUAAAACUUUAUCAUUAUAUGUUAGGUGGAUAUAAAUUGAUUACGUCUUUCUUGAGACUUAAAGACAAUUUAUAUCAGACAGUUCGGAAAAGGUUCCUAUUAUCCUAAGGGCUAUUUCACUUUAUCCGGAUGCUGAAAAUGCCUGUAAUUGCUCAUCUGUCAAGUUGAAUAUAAUGUUUAGUUGAUCUUUUAUUUUAUGUUUGAUUAACAUUAGAUUAAUGUUGUUUUUUAUUCAAGUAAAAAAUGAGGACAUGUU